AUGCCUGCGAUCAAGUCCACCUUCCUCGCCAUGCUGGCAGUCUCGGCCGCGGUGGCUGUGGCCCUCCCCUCGCCGCAGACAGCGACAGACGACGCUCCCGACGCUGUGUCAUUGCACUUGGAAGUCCAGUGCGGGUGCUGGAACCUGUGCACGCUGGAAGCCCUGGGGGAUGCUUCGAUUACAGGCUGUGACUCUACUUGUGAUCCGCAGUUCCUUUGCGAGACUAUUGAUGCGCAGACCGGGGGCCCGACCACCAUCGUUGCCGCCACCGCUACGCCUGCGGCUUCGGCUUCGGCUUCGGACAAUUCCAAGCGGGACGGUUCUCACGGCGGCAUGUUACCACCGCCAUUCAACCCGUUCGGGCCGGGCGGCGAGUUCGAGACGAUGGGAGAGGACUCCCAACCGACCAAGGUCAAAGGCAAGGCCAAACGUGCCCUCAACCUUCGUCCGCCCCCUGUGCCCACGAUCCCCAGCGACCCUCCGUUUCCAGGGUAUCUGGUUAAGGUCAAACGCACCCCCGAGCGGCCCAUCAAGCCCUGGCCGGCGUGCGAGCCCGGCGAGGCAAACUGCCCUCCGGUAUUCGAGCUGGGGACCCGCGAAGCCCCAUCCACGGGGGAACGGCCUGUCGACGCUUCCAUCAUCAACCCCUGCCCACAAGGCGUCGUCUGUGAGGCGGCCGUGGUGGGCAAACGCGACCCAGAGCCCCUUCCGCCCAUCAAUCCCUUCCCCUGCCCUCACGGACCUGACUGCCCUCCACCUCCGAUCGGCGACGCAUGGAAGCGCAGCGCUGCAGAGCCCAGCAUUCCCGUUCGCACGCCUACCGGCAGCAAUCCAUGCCCGCCGGAUUCUUCUUUGUCCUGCGACCCCCCCAUCCUCACUGGGGGGUUGUUGCCCUCCUCGGCGACGACGAAGGAGGAGAAACGCGACCCCAAGCCGCAGACGCCUGAGUUUCCGGACCUGGACGACACGGGACGGUAUCCGAAGCACAAGAUCCCGCGGGGGCCGCUGGCUGGUGACGGCGCGGGCGGCUUCGAGAAGCGCAGGAUCAAUUGGGACUUGACCAUCAAGGGCACGUGUAAUGGGGGUGGCUGUGGUGGGGAGGUGAGCGUGACCAUUCACUUCUGA